AUGCCAAACAUUGCAAACUUGGAUUUUGAACCCCUAAGUGUAAAGGGUGACAAUUACCUUCAGUGGGCUUUAGACAUUGAAAUCUCCCUCGGAGCCAAAGGCCUAGAGGAGUGUAUUGUCGAAGGAAAUGAAUCAAGUAAGAAAGACAAUGCUAAAGCCCUCAUGAUGAUUCGCCAUCACAUUGAGGAGAGCUUGAAAGCUCAAUAUCUCACAGUGAGCAAUCCAUACGAGUUAUGGAAAGAGUUGAAAUCGAGAUAUAAUCACCAAAAGACUGUGAUCCUUCCGGAAGCCAUGUAUGAAUGGACUCAUCUCAGGAUUCAAGACUUUAAGUCUGUGAAUGAAUAUAACUCAGCCUUGUUCAGGAUAGUCUCAAAGAUGAGACUAUGUGGCGAGAAAAUAACUGAUAAGCAGCUACUGGAAAAGACUUAUCAGACAAUGUCAUCAAAGCAACAUAAUAAUGAGUUGCUUAUGAAGAAUAAUGACCUGAGACCACCCGGAACCAAACCUGUUCCUGAUGCACAUCAUGCCUCAAAAGAAGGUAAGAACAACUCCGAAGCUAACCAUGUCCAAUAUGACCAAAGGGGUCGCGGUUCCUCAUUUGGAAGAGGUCGCGGCCGUGGAGGUCAGUGGCGAGGACGUGGACGUGGUGGCUAUGGGAGAGGGCGUUACAACCCUUAUGAGCGCCCAAACCAGUCCAGCAAUGGGCGUGGUAGAGGCAGAGGCAAUGGGUCGACUACUCGACCACAGAAUACAGGAAACUCAGUGUGUCAUAGGUGCGGAGUAUCUAACCAUUGGGCAAAGAACUGCCGAACCCCAAAACACCUGGUUGAUCUCUACCAAGAGAGCAUCAAAGGCAAGAACCGGAGGCUCACAUGGUAUACAAGGAUGGCGAGGAUGACUUUGAUCAUGACAAGGAUGAUCUCAUGGAAUAUGAGACUUCAGACAUUCUGA